AUGACUCAGAAUUGUCGAGCAUUGAAGCAACACUUGGAGGAUUUAGUAACUGCUGGGCCCCUCCAAGAAUACAUUGAUCCGGACAAAGUAGUAACUGAACCGGGAAAUCCUUCACCAGAACCAAACACAGAGUAUCCGCCUCGAUUGGUCAUAAAUGUAAUCCAAGGUGCAAUCAGUCAUGAGCGAGAGCAGGAUUUAAAGGAAAUUCAACACCCACAUAUUGACGCAUUAAUUGUAACUGUGAGAAUUGAAAAACGAUUUGAUGCGAGACGAGUCUUGGUAGACCAGGGUAGCGCAAUAGAUAUAUUGUAUUAUGACUUGUUUAGGAAGCUCAGUCUUUCUGAGCAACACCUCACUUCAGCAGCAGCACCGUUGGUUGGCUUUAAUUCGCAGCCUGAGUGGCCGCUUAGCAGGAUAGUGUUGCCUGUAGUAGCUGGGACAAAGACCCUACAGAUAGAAUUCCUGGUUAUUAACACACCGUCUCCUUAUAACGCCAUACUCGGUUGGCCUUGGAUUCAUCAAAUGGAAGUAGUCCCCUCAACUUAG